ACACACCCAUCAGCUUUCAACUCUUUCUCUCUCUUAAAACUCCAAAACCAAAAUCUUUUCCUUCUCACACUCCCUCUUUCUCUCACUCUUGUUCACACCAAAGAGAAUCUAAGCUACUAUACAAGAAAAAGCUGUGUUUGGCAAGAGCAGAAAAGAAGCAAAAAAAAAAAAAAACAAUAAUGAUGGUGGGAAAAGAAGAUCUGGGUUUGAGUCUGAGCUUGAGCUUCCCUCAGAAUCACCACUCUUUACAGCUGAAUCGAAGACCUUCUCUGGUUCCAUCCUCUGCUAAUUCUUGCUCUUCUCCUUCUGGUUUAACGCUUCAAAAACCAUCAUGGAACGAUGCCUCUACUCCUUCAGAUCCUAUCUCAGAAUCUUACCGGGCCGAGACAAGAUCAUUUCUUAGAGGAAUCGACGUGAACAGAUUGCCAUCAGCGGUCGAUUGUGAAGAAGAAGCUGGAGUUUCAUCUCCUAACAGCACGAUAUCGAGUGUAAGUGGAAAAAGGAGCGAAAGAGAAGGUAAUGGAGAUGAGCAUGAGAUUGAAAGAGCAUGUUCUCGUGGCAUCAGUGAUGAAGAAGAUGGUGACACCUCAAGAAAAAAGCUUAGGCUUUCUAAAGAUCAGUCUGCUAUUCUUGAAGAAAGCUUCAAAGAACACAACACUCUCAACCCAAAGCAAAAGUUGGCUCUGGCUAAGCAGCUGGGAUUGCGACCCAGACAAGUAGAAGUGUGGUUCCAAAACAGAAGGGCAAGGACCAAGCUGAAGCAAACUGAGGUGGACUGUGAAUUCCUUAAGAGAUGUUGUGAGAAUCUGACGGAGGAGAACAGGCGGUUGCAGAAGGAAGUUCAGGAGCUGAGAGCACUGAAACUUUCCCCGCAAUUCUACAUGCAAAUGACCCCACCGACCACCCUCACCAUGUGCCCAUCAUGUGAGAGGGUGGCGGUCCCACCCAACGCAUCAUCCACCGUCGAUCCACGGUCCCAUCAGCUGGCCCAGACCCACCACAGGCCCAUCCCAAUCAACCCGUGGGCCCCAGCUGCCCCCAUCCCACAUGGACCGUUCGAUGCUCUUCGUCCUCGAUCGUAAAUUAAAACGCGAUCCACAAGUGCGUUUUGGUCAAAUGGAAAAAGAAUCAUGCUUGCGUACGGAGAACAGUGUAAUAGCGUACCGAUUUCCAUGUUCAAAGGUUUUAGGUCUAAGAUAUGGUGGUUACAAUGUGAUUCUGGUGGGUCUUCAUGUUUUGUAUUAUUGGACCCAUCUAAACCCUUUUUUUCGCCCCCAAGGUUGACAUAUUUAAUUAGCUUAAUUUUGGUGUUAAUUAGUGAUGCUAAUUACAUCUUCCUCCUCCAUUUUGAGUGGUAGGGAAGAGAACUUUGGGUGUAAAGUGCAAAUGUCUAAUUAUUAAAUUUGACCAAAGCUUAAAAGCAAA